UUCGAAUAUGAAUAUGAAGUAAAUAAUUUUUUAUUCAAGGUAAAAAUAAUUUAUUUUCAUGCCACGUCACAAAAUCACAUCUCAUCACAGUUUUUGUUAGCCAUGCUCGUUAUCACAAAUAAAACAAACUUUUUUUUUUUUUGAAAAGUGGCAACUUUCCUUCCAUCCAAGCAAGCAAAUAAAAGAGUUCAUUACAAGAGUUGAGCAAUAAUAUGAAAAAUUGUAAUCCAAUCUACAGGUAAUGAUUCCAAUCUAGCUUGACAAGCAACCCAAUCCGCCAACAUGUUCAGCCGCCUUGGGACGAACUCAAUGUGAAUCCAAGGCGAUGAGAAUAAGAUGGAAGCCAUACGCGCAAGGAAAGCUUGACAAAGCCAAGGUCAGGAAUGCAGAUCCUGAUGCAAUGCAAGAGUCAGCACUUGACAAUCUGAACGACUGCAGGUAGGGACUGGAUCUUGCGUUGCAAGCAAGAUAGCAUUAAGGAGCCCAAAAGCCUCAGCUUGAAUCAGAUGAGAAAAAAAGAAAGACUCAGCCUUGUCAUCGUACACUUGACCUUGAGAAUUAGCAAUAGUAAUCCCAUAAGCUGUCGGGAGGGAUUCCGAGACAAACGAGUCGUCGCAAUGGAUCACUCUGGAAGUAGGCGGUGGUCCAAUGUUGUGAUGGGAACCCCUCGGCCGAGAAGAUAAAAGAGCAUGUCGACAAACUAAUGGUUGUAUAUGUCCGACAUAUUGAAAGUUUGGACUAUUUUAUGGUAUUUCAAACAAUUUUGGCUAUUUUUGUCCACUAACUUGAAAGAUGGUGCUGUUUUUGGGGUUUACCUUACAAAUUUGAUAGAAUUUUAGAAGUUUAAGAUAUGUCGUGUUAACUAGAGUUGAAAGUUCUGUUUAUACUAUGAUCUUGUUUGCUUUUCGAUAGAGAUGCUAAAAUGUCGUCUCGAACCGAUUUUAAACAAGAAAAAACCAAUCACAUACCCAACUUGUCCUAGACUCCCAGGCCCAGCCCAUCACCUCAUGAGGCCUUAGUGCUCAGGCCAGUACCCAACCGUUCCUCUCCUUCCUAUCGUUCUUCGACGCACCUCUGUCCCUCCCUCACCGCCGUCGCCAUCUCUCAUCCGCCUCCCUGAGGAACACCGCCGUCAGCAAUUCAUUUACGGGCAACAGGUUACCCCCUUCCCUCUUCUUAUUCUCUCUCUCUCUCUCUCUUUCUCUCGUAGGAUGAGUGUAUUCUUUGUUGGAAGAAUUGAUUUUUUUCUAAGGAAUCAGAAAUAUCACGAUAGGGAAGUUGUGAAAUGUUACCGACUGCGCGAUCUUCAAGCGAGAAGCAUUGAGCUUUCUAGUUCAAUUAGCCACGCUCGGUUUUCGCGUCUGAAAUUGGCUUCCAAGACUGUUAAUAUCUUAGGCUUAUCAUCCUCUGUGAAUGCUGAUGGUUUCUGGUUUGCUGCCCAGUUAAAAAGCGCUUUCGAGCCGCAAAUGAACGUUUUUUUGUUUUCCCUUCAAUGGUGCUGUGGUUGCACAUCACAUAUCCACUGUGUUUCUUCAAUUUUUUCGUCUUCCUUUCAGGGUUUAUUUGCUCGAGCAAUAGCUUGAGAGAUGGAAUCUUUUUAGGUUCCCGGGAAAGUUGUAGGCUGCAAUAGAGAAAGCUUUUGGCGGAUAUGAGUUUGAUUGUGAGAUUAAGGCAUCACCUGGCAAAUGGGUUGUGUGCAAAAUCACACCUUCCUGCUUUGAAUCGAGCAAGCAUCAACGGUGUAUUGCCACGGAGCUUUGCUCAAGCUGCUAGGAAAGAAGAGGAAGAAGUAGAAAUCGAUCAAAGGAGGCUCCCAGCUGACUAUGAUCCUGCCACUUUUGACCCCACGGAGCACCGUAGCCCACCCACCGAGCGUGUGUUCAGGCUCGUCGAUGAAAUUGCCUCGCUGACAUUGGCAGAAGUCGCGGAGCUGGGUUCGAUUAUAAUGAAAAGGAAAGGAAUGAAAGAAUCACCGACCGUGGGAGUGAUAAAGGGUGGAGCAGCGGCUGGACUUGCUGGGAUGGGAAUGAAGGGGUCAACUGGAGCAGCUGCCAAGGAGGAAAAGAAACCAGAGAAAACGGUUUUCGAAUUGAAAUUGGAAUCGUAUGAAGCUGCUUCUAAGAUUAAGAUAAUCAAGGAGGUGAGGAGUUUUACUGAUCUGGGUCUUAAGGAAGCCAAGGAUUUGGUGGAGAAGACGCCAGCAGUGUUGAAGGCAGGUGUGUCGAAGGAAGAUGCCGAGAAGAUAAUCGAGAAGAUGAAAGCUAUUGGUGCCAAAGUUGUGAUGGAAUGAACAGCCUAUAGCCCCAUUGAGGGAACAGGUAUACAACUUCCUCUCCUGAGAGCUUAUUUUCCUUCUUCCAAUCUUGUAGCUUCUUUAGCUGAUAUGGUGCGUUGCAAACUUCUGUUUGUAGAACAGUGUUGAACUUAGACCAGUAAUGUGUAGGAGGGAAAUGUUUCAAUGAUUUGAAGGCGCCCACUGUUAGUUAUUCAUUUCGCACUGCCAUAUUUUGUAGGCUUGAAGGAUGUUUUUGGUAUGUUUUUAUUUCUCGUGAUUUGACACGGAUUCAGUAAUAAGAAGGGUUACUACUAGCGGCUUAUUGCCAACACUGCUACAGAGCCUUUUCGCCAAACCACAUUGAACAUGCUCAUAUUGACCUUCAAUGGAAAUUUCAUUUGCCAAGGUAGAACAUAGACCUGGAAACUGGAGAAUUUUGGGAUCUUUGGUUGCUCCAAUACGCUGUUGGUACAGAAUUUAGUUUCAGGCAAACCGUGGUUUCUGUUGUUUGGGCUGAACUAGAAUCUUAUUUGAAUAUUUAGUUUUGCUUGGCCAUUUUCUUCUUCAAAGACUCCCCUCUCUCUCUCUCUCUGAAACCUCUCCAGGCAGCAGCCCAUUUUCCCCCUCCGUCUGCUCUGUUUGAUUUCGUUGUUCCUUCAAUGUUCCUUUUGUUAGUGAGAUUUCUACAGAACCUCACUCAAAGAUGGUGUUUUCCUUGCAUCUUUUUCCAGAUUUUUAUGGAGUUUGUGUGUGGGUAGUAGUCUUGGUAAAUAGACAUAGUUAUUGAUCUUGCUCUCUACUUUGCAUUCUCCUCCAGCAUUUUCUUCAUCGCUGCUCUUUGUUCCGUCCAUAUGAGUUGUUGUUCGGAGAAGAUACAUCCAUGAAUGCUUUGAGGAUUCAGAACGUCUGAGCUUGGAAGCAGGAUUCCCACCUAUCUUGUUGCUCAUUGCCCUUCUUUCUCUCCGUUGACAACAGAAGUUACUAAGGAAAGAAUUUACUCAAACCUUAAGCUUCAUGCUACAUAGUACACUAUACAUAGUGUUCGAUGAACUUCGAACAACACACAUUCGAUCCCAUGGCCAUGACACAGACGCGUAGUAAUAUGUACAUAUAAGGAAACUAUUGCCGUGGUUAUCCUUAACACAUAACUGCGACUUGUCUCGCAGAUUUAUUUCACCGACGCAAAGGCACGUAUGCUUAGCUAUAGCUAUUGAAAUGGGAGAAAAAGCAUCGACCCAAAGACUAUUAUUUCUUAGUACUAGCAGCAGCCUGCUGGUCAUGGAUGCUCUUUCAACCUCUCCCAAAGCGUGUAGCCUAAUGAUGCUCAUCGGUCACCAACGGAACAGUCUUCAUCUGGAAAGAACAGGCAAACCAUUAGACGGCCAAAUUCUUGGUUAAAUAAAAUUACGUUCAUUUG